AUGCGCAUGCCGGGGUACCAGACCCUGACGAACUCCAGCGCCUUGGCGGCACCGGCUCGUGCGGCGGAGAUCCUCCAGAUCCCCGGCGCGCUGAAGCCGGCGGAGAAGGCGGCGCGUCGCCUCCAAGCACAUCCUGGUGGCCGUGAGCUGCUCGCCCAUGGUCCGAGGCCGGUUCUAAGGAAUCUCCUUGCCCUCACGCCGGUUCGUCUCGCCCUCAGCCUUGAUGGCCAUGCAGACGGCAACGGAGUAGCCCGGGAGGAACUCUGCGCAAAAGAAGGCAGCGGCGUUAGGAGAAGGCCACCGAUAGCAGUCGGCGGAAAGAAGGCGGAGCGGAAUGAAAAAGGGCUCUAUAUAGAGGGUCGAGUCAGAGCAGGCAGGGCAUUUAAGAGGCUCCGUGGAUCAGGCUUUGAUUUUCGGGUUGGUGGAGAGCAGCAUGGUGCUGGGAGCAAUCUCAUAGAGCAGCAUAGCAUCGGGAGCAAUCUUAUAGAGCAGCAUGGCGCAGGGAGCAACCUCAUAGAGCAGUAUGUCGGCCGGAGCAACCUUAUAGGUGAGAUUGGUCGUGAACUCUCCAUUAGCUGCAUCCUCCAUCUGUCCAGGUCGGACUAUGGCUCCGUGGCCUCCCUGAACCGUGAGUUCAAUUCGCUGGUGCGCACUGGGGAGAUCUACCGCCAGCGGCGGCAUAAUGGGGUGGUGGAGCAUUGGAUCUACUUCUCUCUGAAUGCUAUGGAGUGGGGUGCUUAUGAUCUGUACCGCGAGCGCUGGAUCAAGGUGCCCAAGAUGCCACCGGAUGAAUGCUUCAUGUCCUCUCACAAGGAGUCGCUCGCUGUAGGAACCGAGCUACUGGUGUAUGGGAAUGGUAUGUACAGAUAUAGCAUCCUAACCAAUUCAUGGGGGUCAGCUGUUCCAAUGAACUCGCCGCGGUCCCUGUUUGGGUCAGCAAGUGUCGGUGAGAAGGCAUAUGUCGCGGGGGGCAUCGAUUCUUCUGGAAGGAUACUGAGCUCCGCAGAGAUGUAUAACUCCGAGACACAUACUUGGACACCCCUUCCCAGCAUGAAUAGGGAAAGGCACUUGUGUUCUGGGGUUUUCAUGGAUGGCAAGUUCUAUGUGAUUGGUGGCGUUACCAAUUAUAACAAGGGAUUGACAUGCGGUGAGGAAUAUGACUUGAACCGGCAGUCUUGGACGGUCAUCGAGAACUUCUGUGAGGGACUCAACACUGAUGUGCUUACUGGUGCUCCUCCGCUCUUUGCAGUUGUCAACAAUGAGCUUUAUGCAGCUGAUUACAGAGCGGGUGAUGUGAAGAGGUAUGAUAAGAUGAACAAUAAGUGGAUCACUCUUGGAAAAUUGCCUCAACCAUCCGCGGUGGUGGUGAAUGGUCGGGACCUUGCUUUCCGGGCGUGUGGCCAUCGGCUGAUUGUUGUUCAUGGUGCAAGGACUUCUACUGCCGACAUGGUCGAGUUUCAUUCAUGGGUCCCGGGUCAGCAACCGCCUGUGUGGAAUCUGGUCGCCACACGGCGGUCCGAGAGCUUGGUGUUUGACUGUGCCGUCAUGGGUUGCUGA